AAUCAGAAAACAAAAAACAAAGAACACAAAUGACAAAACAUAACAAUAAUUUUUCAGCAAAUAUCAAAUCAAACACAAUUACACCAAGUGCAGCAUCCCCACAACCCAACCCAUCAUCGACCCAACAUUUUCUUUAAUUGCUUUAUUUAUUUAUUCAUUUUCCCCUUUUCGGCUUAAACCCCGUCGCGCGCACCUUUGCCUUUCUCUCUCCCUAAUUGCCUGCAACUCGCAAAAACUUCAAUCCUUUCCGACCCCUUUUGUUUUUUGCCUUUUAUUUUCUGCUGUAGUUUGUAAUUGCUGUAUUUUGUAAUCAAAAUUGAAGUGAGCCGUAUGCUUUAAUUUACCAUUAAUGGCCCGUAAUAUCCGGCUUUUUCUACAUCCAUGGAUUGCAUCUACCUGCAGAAUUUGAAUAUUAGGGUUAUGGGUGUUGAUUUUCUUGAUGCUUUUCACGCGGUUUUAUGAUUGACAUUUAAGCUGGUUCUUCCAGAUCGCGGUCAGAUCUUAAGAUGUCCUGAUCUGGCUGAAUAGUUGGGAUUCUUGUAAAAAUGAGGACAUAAAUGGAAAGCUGAGGUGAUAACUCAUUAGCUGGAAUACUACAAGUGCAACAAUUAUUUGCCUUUAAGUUUGGUGGUAGAGAAUUUAGGAGCCGAACUCAUUUACUGACCGAUUUGUCACAUUUUCCAGCACUUUUCUUCACAUAUUAGGGCUUUUGCUUCUGCUUCCAAAAAAAACCACAACUUAAACAUCAGCAGCAUUUGAGUUCCCUCAAAGAAAGUCUCUCAACUCAUAGAAACCUCCAAGUGAUGAUAAAGAACAUCCUCAACAAGCUCCCUCGUAAGCAAACCAAGCUAUCAGACAACCGUGAAAAUGGCGGGCCCUCCAAUUACCCCCCCAAUUCAUCCAGAAGAGCCCACGACCACCCGCCGCAUGCAAGGGAAAACGGGAACGCGGGCCCAAAACCCGGCCCGUACGACUCCCUCCCCACCUUCCGGGACGUCCCGAAUUCCGAGAAGCAGACCUUAUUCCUCAAAAAGCUGAACCUAUGUUGCGUCUUGUUCGACUUCGCGGACCCCACAGCAAACCUCAAGGAAAAGGACAUCAAACGGCAGACGCUAGUCGAGCUCGUGGACUACGUGGCCUCGGCCAACGCGAAAUUCACGGAGACCGCAAUGCAAGAGAUGGUGCGCAUGGUGUCCGCGAACCUUUUCCGCACGUCCCAUGCCUUGGCGCGCGAGAGCCGAGCCCUCGAGGCCUUCGAUUUAGAGGAGGAAGAGCCGCUGAUGGACCCCGCGUGGGCCCACCUGCAGGUCGUUUACGAGCUUCUCCUCCGGUUCGUGGCCUCCCCAGAAACGGAUGCCAAGCUGGCGAAGCGCUACGUGGACCACUCAUUCGUGCUCCGCCUACUCGACCUCUUCGACUCGGAGGACCCCAGGGAGAGGGACUACCUCAAGACCGUGCUUCACCGCAUAUACGGUAAGUUCAUGGUUCAUCGACCUUACAUCAGGAAAGCCAUCAACAAUAUUUUCUACCGAUUCAUAUUCGAGACGGAAAAGCAUAAUGGGAUAGCCGAGCUGUUGGAGAUUCUGGGGAGUAUAAUCAAUGGGUUUGCAUUGCCACUGAAGGAGGAGCAUAAGCUUUUUCUCGUGAGGGCGCUUAUUCCGCUUCACAAGCCGAAAAGCAUACCGGCGUACCACCAGCAGCUCUCGUACUGCGUAACGCAGUUUGUGGAGAAGGACUGCAAGCUGGCGGAUACUGUCGUAAGGGGGCUGCUUAAGUAUUGGCCGGUGACUAAUAGUUCGAAGGAGGUGAUGUUUUUGGGGGAGUUGGAGGAGGUUUUGGAGGCGACCCAGCUGCCUGAGUUCCAGCGCUGCAUGGUGCCUUUGUUCCGGAGGAUCAGUCGAUGCCUCAGCAGCUCGCAUUUUCAGGUGGCAGAGAGGGCUCUCUUCUUAUGGAACAACGACCACAUCGAGAACCUCAUCAAACAAAACCGUAAGGUCAUACUCCCAAUAAUCUUCCCCUCACUAGAGAAAAACGCGCGGGCCCACUGGAAUCAGGCAGUCCAGAGUCUGACCCUUAAUGUUCGCAAGAUAUUCUCUGACGUGGACCCUGACUUAUUACAAGAGUGCCUACUCAAGUUUCAAGAAGAUGAAGCCCAAGAACAGGAAAUCAAGGCCAAACGAGACUCCACCUGGAAACACCUUGAGGAAAUAGCCACGGCCAAAGCUGCCAGCAAUGAGCCAGUUCUUGUGCCCUUAAGGACGAGCACUAAAACGCCAUCUGGGUAAAAAGAUUUCGAUGCUCAAUGUUUAUUUAUUUAUUUUUAUUCUGUGGUCUUGACUGAUCGUUCUUUUGGGUCGCACCCGAAUAAGUGAGGAUGGGACAUGUAUGGCCAAAAAAAGGUAAAAAAAAAGAGAGGAUAGAAAAAGAAAAGGGGAGCAGAUGGAAAAUAUAUUUUUGCUGUUCAGAAAAUGGGGAACUAGUGUACAUAUGGAAUUGGGAUGUGGCCUGCUACUAAAAACGGCUGUAGUGUCUUUUAACUGUAUGUGAUAUUUAUUGGCAAAUUGGUUUUUUUUUUCUCAUUUGUCGGUUUUAGAGAAUUUGAGGUUAAGUGAAGGGUUGUGCUUUUCUUUUUGAUUUUUUGGUUUGUUUUGUUUGGUUCUGUUUUCUCUGUGUAGAAUUUUUUUAGGUGGAUUUUGAUUCAUGUAUUCUCUCAUCUGCAAUUAUUAUAUAUAAAUAUGUAGCAUUACGGUGUCAUGAAUGCGCGCCUGUUCUAUUCUGU